AUGCCGUCGUCCUUAUCCUUAACUGAAAUUUGUGUCCGAUUAAAUUCAGAAGUUAUCCACUAUUUAGAUCUUAAACGUGUUCCACUUGUCCAUCAUGCAAAACAAGUAGCUAUGGAUGACAAAGGUUCCAAUUUUGCAGUUCUACAAUGGGAUGCGUAUCAAGGUAUGAAUAAUCGUGCGAGCAAGUCCGAAUCCAAAUUGAAUGCAGAUAUGGCUAAAUUGCUGCAAACUGCAAGCUUAAAUGACCACAUCCACGAUAUCAUCAUCAAGGUCGACGGUUUGGUAAUACCGUGUCAUCGAUUUGUACUAUGCAGCAGAAGUAUUGCGUUCGCCGAAAUAUUAGGGAAAGGAGCAGUUGAUGAGGCUACUAUGGGAAUUUACCAGAUCGACGAUAUGAGUUACGACGUAGCUAUUAAUCUUCUACAAUUUAUUUAUACCCGCGAUUGCAUUUUACUACAACGAAAUACCGCCUAUAGCAGACAAAAAAUGCAGGACUUGGAGACAAGUAACUCUAAAUUGCCAUUAACUGACAUUGAAUUGUCAAGGAAAAAAAUGGAGCAUGAACAAGCAUCGACAACUGCUAAUUAUGAAAAGACAAAGUAUGGUUACAUUCCGGUUAACGUUAAGGAACUACGUCGAGCUGCGAAGCAUUAUAAAAUUCCAGGGUUACGAGAAAGCCAAGAAUCUAGUGACUUUACUUUGGAAAGUAAUGAUGGUGAAACGUUCUGUUGCCACAAAUGUAUGUUUAUACACCGUAGCGAAUCCAAUGAUGCGGAAUUUCUCAGUAACAUUGUUGUAGCUGCGGAUUAUCUCCUCUUAUCCGAUUUGAAACAAAUUUGUGAAUGGAGAUUGUCAAAGCUCAUCACCCUCAAAACUGUAAUAACCUUUACCGAUUUCUCGCUAACGUACAAUGCCAAGUUAUUGAAUGAUGCCUGCAUAGAAUUUAUAUGUAUUAACCUUGGCUAUCUACUAGAAGGAAGAAUUUUUGACAAUGUGACGUUAUCAGUACUCGAAAAUGUAUCAGAUAUGUACAAGACAAAAAUUACAGGCAUUCUUUCCAGAACUGUGUCGUUCCAAUCAAGCCAUAUUGAUUAUACUUCUGCUUCUAACGACGGAGCUAGUUUCGUAACUUUGGAAAGCAAUAGCAAUGUUGAACCCUUAAAGGACGAUCUUCCGAAAUCAACGGUAGCAGCAAAAUCAUUGCAUACUUCGACGCCAACAAAAGAUAUCCAUAAAACUCUACCUAGUAGUAGUGGUGCCUGCAGCAAAAUUGAUGACAAUACCCAUUCUUCUGCCUCAGUUGAAGACAGUAUCAUGUCUGACAUACUCGCGUAUGACCUGAGUGAUAUAUUAGAUACUUCUGAUACUCUGCUACUACCAGCAAUAAAUCAACAAGCCACGAAUGAGGAAGCAAGCUUUACGACGACUAUAAGCAAAAAUAACGAAAACACCAACAGCAAUUCAGUUUCUCAAUCGAAUAAAAAGAAGAAGAAGCGUAGUCAAAAAAUGAGAAAAGCUGAGCUACUAAAGGUAGGAACAGCGGCUACGGUUACAGCAGAACCUCCAAAGAAUACACCACCUUUAUCAAAAAGUCAGCCUACUGUUAAUACGAACGCAAGUUCUCGCGUUAAAAAAUGGAAUAGUUCUCAAUCGGCUAAUUCGAAUAGUCUACUAUCUAUCAUGGCAGAAGAAGAAGAAGUAGCAAGAAAGCAGCAGGCAUGCUAUCAUUUUCAAUGGAUUCGACUCGCAGUACUGUAUCUUAAUCUAAGUGCAAAUAAUACGACUUAUAACGAAGCUAUUAAGUGGGGAGUUGCGCAAGAUGUUAAGAAAAAGUCAAAUCGUCAAAGGAAUAUUUCGACAAGUAGUAAUAUUAGCUUAAGUAGUAAUGAAACGGAAAUGCUAGCUAGCUCAUCAUCAAAAUGUCCUUGGGGCAAUGUUAAACAAAGUGCAUCAUUCUCGCUUGGAGAUGUUAUGAAGCAGGAGGAGGUUGCCCGGUUGGAUGGUCGUGGCUCUAAUAAUAGGAAAGUGCAAUCAAGCAGCUCUUCAUCGAAAACAAUGCCUUCAAAAGGAACAUCAAGAUUUUUAGACAUUGUUAGCUCUCAAGCAGAAGAAAAUUAUAUUUCGUUUAGACGCGGGAAAAAGAGCUUGUCAUCAAUACAGUUAGAGGAAAAAGCAAUGUCCGAGCUACUGCAUGAAUAUGGUGGACGAUAUAAUCCUGAAGAAUAUAUCAUUGUGGAAUAUGAAAGGCCGGAAGUAUCAUUAAAUCCUUCAUGGUUUAGAAAAUAA